AUGAUGAAGAGUAGUAGUAGCUCAUCCUCUCUUGGACCUUUACCUACCGAACAAACCCUAAGCACAAAGAUUGAUGAGGUUUCAGCCAUGGAAAGUAUUUCAGAACUCCACCAUUCCCCUACAACAAUCGUUAAGUCUAGAGAUGGAGAUUAUCCACCACCAAGAAGCUUUCACGAUGUCAAGAACAUAUGUUUUCUAGAAACCGCAAAGCUUUGGGCCAUUGCAGGUCCUAUUGCCUUUAAUUUGUUGUGCUACUAUGGUAUUAACUCCGCCACGGCCAUCUAUGUCGGCCGUAUUGGAGACGUGGAGCUCUCUGCUGUUGCUAUCUCUCUGAGUGUCAUUGGAAAUUUCUCUUUCGGCUUCCUGUAUGGUAUGGCAAGUGCACUCGAAACACUAUGUGGGCAGGCAUUUGGUGCAGGGCAAGUAGGUAUGCUAGGAAUUUACUUGCAACGCUCAUGGAUCAUAAUGACUAUUGCCUCUACCUGUUUACUGCCAGUUUACAUCUACGCAGCACCAGUCCUAGAGCUCCUAGGCCAAGACGAGAACAUUGCAGCCGUAGCCGGGAAAUUCUGUAUCCAAAUUAUCCCUCAAAUGUUUUCAAUGGCCAUCAACUUCCCAACCCAAAAGUUCCUGCAGGCACAGAGCAAAGUUACAUUUCUGUCACUGUUUGGUUUUGCAAUGCUCGCAUCUCACGUAGGACUCCUAGGUGUCUUCCUCAAAGUUUUCGGGCGAGGAAUGAGCAGUGCUGCCGUAGCGUUUAAUAUUUCGUCCUGGGUGACGACAUUGGGUCAGUUGGUUUAUGUAGUUGGUUGGUGUAGAGAUGGCUGGAAUGGAUUGUCAUGGUUAGCUUUUAAGGAUUUAUGGUCCUUUGCAAAACUCUCUAUGGCUUCAGCUAUCAUGCUUUGCCUAGAGGUUUGGUAUAUGAUGACCAUACUAGUUAUCACUGGCCAGCUUGAAAAUGCUGUUAUUGCUGUUGGCUCCCUUUCAAUAUGCAUGAAUGUGGAUGGCUGGGAAGCAAUACUGUUUGUUGGGGUCAAUGUAGCGAUAAGCGUUCGGGUCUCCAACGAGCUUGGAUCAGCACAUCCUAGAGCUGCAAAAUACGCUGUCAUUGUCGCCAUCGUUGAGGCUCUCCUUCUUGGGAUGCUUUUUGGGACAGUUAUUAUGGCUGAAAAGGAUAAUUUCGCCAUGAUCUAUACCAAGAGCAAAGAGAUGCAAGAAGCUGUGUCUCGUUUAGCUUUCCUCCUUAGCAUUACAAUGGUGGUUAAUAGUGUUCAGCACGUUAUUUCAGGUGUUGCUGUUGGAGGAGGGUGGCAAGCUCUGGUGGCUUACAUAAACUUAUUUUCUUACUAUGUCGUCGGGCUACCUAUUGGGUUUCUUCUUGGUUACCGAACAAGUAUGGGAGUGAAGGGAAUUUGGAUUGGUAUGAUAUUCGGGACAGUCUUGCAGAAUGUCAUCCUCUUGUACAUCGUUUAUAAAACCAACUGGAUCGAGGAGGUUGAACAAGCUACAGAAAGAAUUGGACAGUGGACUGAAGAAGAACUAGUAGAAAUUGAUGAAGAAAAACAGGACUGGACAAGAACUGAAGAUAUGGAUCUCUGA